AAAUUGAGCAUUGGAAGUAGUGGAGGCCAUUGGAGUUGACGCUACUAAAAUGUUGGCGCGAUACAUUGUUUCACGUCUUCCAUGUAAGCUUGGAGGCUCCACCGGUUACUUCCACACAGGUUUGAGUUUGUGUGUUGCACCACCCACUGCUGAAAAGCAAAUACAGCCGGCAGUUGAUCAUCUUGUCAAGGCAGAGUCAGCGGCAAAUAAAUAUGAACAAGAUGUUGAAAAUUCUGUCUCCAGGUGGGAAAAGUCCCACCAAAUAUAUUAUGGCAAGGAACGCGAUUUUAAGAAUUUUCCUACAAUCAAGUUUGCUGAAACUUCACCCAAAAUUAGAAUGGGUGUUUUCCCUGAUUAUUGGUUUCAACCAUUUUACAAUAAGACUGGUGUAACAGGUCCAUACAUGUUCAUGUUUGGAUCUUUUAUGUUUUUGAUUAACAAGGAAAUAUGGGUGUUUGAUCCUCACUUUCUGGAGUUUUCGACGUUCGUAAUAAUGUCUACAGUUUUCGUUAAGUUAUUCGGACCUCGUGCUAAGAAGUUCAUGGAGGAUCUUGUUGAAAAAGAUGAGCAAGAGUUGUAUUACAAACCAAUCAACGAAGUAAAGGGUUAUUUGGACAAUACAAUAAAGACAUCAGAGAUGGAAAUGAGCAGAGCAGCAGCUGUUUCUGAACACGUAAAGGCAAAAGAAGAAAAUAUAGCGUUGCAACUGGAAGCCGCCUACCGUGAACGCCUUCAGAACGUAUUUCGAACAGUCCACCGUCGCUUGGAUUAUCAUGUUGAACGUGAAAAUACACGAAAGCGUUAUAUUCAACAUCAUAUGGUGAACUGGGUUGUAGACCAUGUGGUCAAAGGAAUAACGCCUACUCAAGAGAAGGAAACUCUUACCCACUGUAUCAAUGAGUUAAAACGACUAGCACAAACAUCUAAAGUUACAGCCACCGCAUAAUAGCUCUCCAAAAACAACAGUAAUUAAUAUUCACAGAUGAUGUCAGUGGUGUUGAACUAGCUUAUUACAAAUGCAUAUAUAUUAGUAUAUUUUUAAAACUUUUGUUUUACGUUGAUUUCAAACUAUUUUUUUUUCUAUGCAAAUGGACGUACGUAGUCCUAAACAAGUGAUAAUAGAAGUAUAAUAUGUAUUAGUUUGUUUACUCGUGGUUAUUUUGACCCUAAGACAUGCAUUCAUAGUCAGAAAUUUUUAUUAGAGCGCGUACCAUUUUUAACUUAGUGUAAUCGCUUUGAAUCUUAACUGAGAUUGCGUUGACCUCUGAACUAUGUUACUAAAAUAUUCUCAGGUGUGACCAUCUUUAAACACUGGCUUCGGUGGCUUGGACAUAAGCUACGAAUGACAUCCCAGAAGUUUCUAUAUCUCUCUCCCUAAGACCAGAUGGCGAAAGUAGAGAAGUGGUCAGCCUAUGGUUUGGUGCCGCAGGAUGAAAAAUAUCUUUUAGGUAAGCACCCGUAGGUACAUCACGAUUCCUUUGGUCAAGUCCAAGAGAUAAUUCGAAUCAGUGGCUUGAGGCGUUAUCAAUCGUAAUCAGUGGUGAACAUGCUGCGGUCUUCUUCCUUUUCCUCUUUUGUGAAAGUAACAUAAAGUAAUGAGCUAUCUUUCGAAUACUCCUUACAUGUUUGCUUAUUUUUUUUCUGCGUGACCUCCAUUUAUUGUAUCCGACAAAUUUACUAACCAACAGGGAAAUGAGUUACUGUUUGAACAGAGUCAUAUUUUACCUCUUGUAGUGAUUCUCAACAAAUCCGACUGAUAAAUUAAUUUUCUAACAUUAAAAGCUCUUACAGAGAACACAGUACCCUUGGUUUGGG